UGAAUUUCUCUUUUGCAGCACAAAAUGAAAAUUAGAAUAAUAACGGAGUGAUGCUAAGUGGCAGACAGAAACCUAUCACCCACACACAGGUUCGGAAGAGCGCGCCCAGCCCUGCUCGGAGCACCGGCGAUCGGACACCUCCACUGCGACACCCGCCGAGCCCUACCCGCUCCAGGAGCCCUGUCCCGGCCGCAGCCACGCCACCCCUCAACACCGGACACCCAGCACCAUUCAGCGCGAAGCUCUUUCACCAGAUCUAUGGCAUUCUGACAAUGAGCAGGCGCGCUCAGUUAUUGGAACAGCUGCAGUUUGUCCAGUUGAAAUGCACACCUCGAGACAUGCCCUGUGUGCAGGCUCAGUAUGGGCCCGCCCCUCCAGGCUCAGCCUACUCUGGCCAGUCCUUCAGUUACCAGGGCGACAGUUACAGCUCUGACCUCAUGACCCCUGACUACACCAAGCUGGACCUGGGUGGCGGUGAGAUCUCUGCCGCCGCGGCCACCACCUCCCUCCCCAGCUUCAAUGUGUUUGUGGAGGGGAGCUACGAGCCCAAGUCUUCUUGCCUCUACCAGAUGCCCACACACAGGCCCACCAUCAAAAAGGAGGAGGAGAGCUAUCCGACUGCUCCGGCACUGGAGGCCAUGUCGUACUCCGCCAUGCACUUUAAACAGUCUCCCCCCUCCACUCCCACCACUCCAUCUCUUCCCCCCCAGCCUGGCACCUCCUUCUUGUGGGACGAACACUCCCUGGCCCCUCCGUCGCACCCCCACUCUUUGGGCUCCAGCCUGGAGACAGGUCCCCUCAAGUCUCCCCGUUUUCCACACUUCUACCAGCACUCACCGCCCCACAGUGGUGGCAGCGUUGGUGGCUAUGAGAGCCUGGGAGGAGGUCUGAUUCGAACCUCCUCCUCCUCCUCCUCCUCGUCAUCCUCGGUCUCCCAUCCUCAUUGUCCACCCCUGGACCAGCCUAUGUACCAGCUGCAUCGUGGGGCCGGGGGCAGCAGCCUCGCCUUCCGCUCCCUGGCUCUUGGGCCCUGUGGCCCCCUACUGGGAGACAGCCUGCCCUCACCUCCUCCGCGUGGCCCUCAAGGGGAGGGCACCUGUGCAGUGUGUGGGGACAACGCAGCCUGCCAGCACUACGGCGUACGCACAUGUGAGGGCUGCAAAGGCUUCUUCAAGGUAAAACUCCUUCAAAACUUUUAA